CCCACUAGAAAUACGCAAAAUAAAACACAUAAAUAAAUAUAUUGAAAAAUAAUACACACAAUGCAUCUAUUAAAAAUGCUACCAAUAUGUCGAAACGCAUUCUUUGGCAGCGUGCAACGUUCCACACGCUUGUUGCACUCAUCUCGGGUUUCGCAUUCCAAGUCCGAUUACGAGAUGUGUGACCACAAGUUUGAUGCGAUUGUGAUUGGAGCUGGUGGUGCUGGAAUGCGAGCUGGCUUCGAGUUGACUCGCAAAGGCUUCAAGACUGCGAUGCUCUCAAAACUCUUCCCCACACGCUCGCACACGGUGGCCGCCCAAGGGGGCGUGAAUGCAGCGUUGUCGAACAUGAACAAGGACGACUGGAAGUAUCAUUUCUAUGACACCGUCAAGGGCAGCGACUGGCUGGGUGAUCAGAAUGCCAUUCACUACAUGUGCCGCGAGGCCGAAGAAGCUGUCUACGAGCUGGAUCAGUAUGGCAUGCCUUUCUCACGCACCAAGGAUGGCAAGAUCUAUCAGCGGCCAUUCGGCGGACAGACCUUGGACUAUGGCAAGGGAGGCGUGGCUGCACGCUCUUGUGCGGUGGCCGAUCGCACUGGCCAUGCACUUAUCCACACGCUGUAUGGACAGACUUUGAAGUAUAGUGAACUGUGCAAUUACUUUGUGGAUUACUUUGUGCUCGAUUUGAUCAUGGCGGAUGGCGCCUGCGUGGGCUGCUUGGCCUGGAACAUGGAUGAGGGCACGUUUCAUCGGUUCAUUGCCAAGAACACGAUUGUCGCAGCCGGCGGCUGUGGUCGAGUUUAUUUCUCCACAACCGCCGGUCACACUUGCACUGGCGAUGGCAAUGCUUGGGUCUCGCGAGCCAAGCUUCCGCUGAUGGAUAUGGAGUUUGUGCAAUUCCAUCCGACGGGCAUUUAUGGCGCAGGUUGUCUCAUCACUGAGGGCGUGCGUGGCGAGGGCGGAUUCUUUAUCAACUCGAAGGGCGAACGCUUUAUGGAACGCUAUGCACCUAAGGCCAAGGAUUUGGCUUCGCGUGACGUUGUGGCUCGUGCCAUGACCAUGGAGGUGCUGGCCGGCAAUGGCUGUGGUCCUUUGAAGGAUCAUGUUCACCUGCAGUUGCAUCACAUUGAUCCAUACAUUAUACGCGAACGUUUGCCCGGCAUUGUGCAGACUGCCAAGAUAUUUGCCAAGGUCGAUGUGACUAAGGAUCCGGUGCCAGUGCUGCCCACCGUACACUAUAAUAUGGGAGGCGUCGCCACCGAUUUCAUGGGUCGUGUGGUCACCGUGGACGAGGAGAGCGAAUCGCACAUCGUCGAGGGACUCUACUCCUGUGGCGAGACUUCUUGUGCUUCGGUGCACGGCGCUAAUCGCUUGGGCGCCAAUUCAUUGCUCGAUUUGAUUAUUUUUGGCCGCUCUUGCGCAUUGGACAUUGCAGAGAACAGCUGCCCAGGCGACACGCCACCCGAUGUGCCCGAGAGUGCGACGGAGGAGACAAUGGAUAACUUUAAAAAGUUGCGCAGUGCCGACGGCUGCAUUCCAACUGCCAAACUGCGGGAUCAACUGCAGCGUGCGAUGACCACACAUGCGGCUGUGUUCCGUGAGGGCGCACUACUCAAAGAGGGGCUUGAGAAGAUCCAAGAUCUCUACAGGCAAUUUAAGGAUAUCAAAGUGCAUGACAGAACUUUAGUGUGGAACACGGAUCUCGUUGAGACAUUGGAACUGCAGAAUAUGCUUAUUAAUGCGGUGCACAUUAUCACUGCCAUGGAGAAUCGGAAAGAGUCACGCGGCUCUCAUGCCCGAGAGGAUUUCAAGACGCGUCUGGAUGAGUUCGAUUACAGCGCACCUCUGAAGGGACAAAAGAAGAAACCAUUUGAGGAGCAUUGGCGUAAGCAUACCAUGACCUUUUUGGAGGGGGAUGAGGGUUGUGCCACCAUAAGAUAUCGUGCUGUUAUUGACGAAACAUUGGACGACUCUGUAGCACCUAUUCCUCCAGCUCCGCGCACCUACUAAUACCUACGACAUCAAGGCUUGUGUUUUAAAUUGUAUUUAAUUUGUCGACGCCAGGCUAUUAAUAAAGAUUGUUGUGAAAA